AUGCAGCACGGGAGUUGGAACCAGCCACUCCCCAUAUCUCUGCUGCUCAAGAGCCCGGCAGGAGACCAGGCUGCUGGCGUUGAGGAGGACCAUGGCGUGGUCUUGGUUGAUAAGGAUCUCUCCGAGGACCCCCGGCUGGAGGUGCAGGCCGGCAGAGGUGACUUUGUGGAUCUCACUGAAUUUUUGAACGCCGAAGAGAUCAACCGCAGUCUGGACUUGGCCUGGGAGGCCUUUGGUGACGCAGACGAUCAGCGUCCUGAGUGGCAGGCGCAGGAUUUCAAAGAGGAGCCUACAGAUGUUCGUCAGUCUUCGCCCUCACCUGAGAAGCUCACCUGUCACAAGCCUGCUCAGCCUCUUUACAAACAGGACAAACCUCGGCUUCUUCACGAAGACUUGGAGCUGAACGAGCGCACGUCUUCCGUCACUGAGUUCUGCAGUCGGGCCGCCACCUUCAUCGAGGAGCUCUCGUCCAUCUUCAAAGGGUCAGCACAUGUGGAGCAGCAAAUGGACGACCACUUGUCCUCCCCUCAUGGUGGACUGUCUCCCGGGAGCCAGCAAGCAGACCCUGCUGCCUCCUCCUCACCCUGCCAACCAUCACCAUGUCAACCAUCACCCUGCCAGCCAUCAUCAUGUCAACCAUCACCAUGUCAACCAUCACCAUGCCAGCCAUCACCAUGUCAACCAUCACCCUACCAACCAUCACCAUGUCAACAAUCACCAUGUCAACCAUCACCAAUUCAACCAUCACCCUGCCAGCCAUCACCAAGUCAACCAUCACCUUGCCAACCAUCACCAAGUCAACCAUCACCCUGCCAGCCAUCACCAAGUCAACCAUCACCUUGCCAACCAUCACCAAGUCAACCAUCACCCUGCCAACCAUCACCAAGUCAACCAUCACCCUGCCAACCAUCACCAUGUCAACCAUCACCAAGUCAACCAUCCCCCUGCCAGCCCUCCCCAUGUCAACCAUCACCAUGCCAGCCAUCACCCUGCCAGCCAUCACCAUGCCAGCCAGAGCAGGUUACAUACCAGCAAGCAACGACAGGUCCUCCAAUGGCAGGUCCACAGGAGGUGGUUCCUGCUGCUCAGGAGCAUCAUCAUUGCGAGGCUCCACCCACAUGUGGAACCCUGAUGCCGCCAUGCUUUGUCCAGAAGCUGAAGAGCCAGGAGGUGGCAGAAGGAAGACCUAUUCGUCUGGAAUGCAGCGUCAGCGGGAACCCACUUCCACUCAUCAGGUGGUUCUGUGAAGGCCGAGAGCUGCACGACUCACCUGACCUCCGCAUCUGGAGCAGUGGUGACCUUCACACUCUGGUCAUCAACGAGGCCUUCCAGGACGACACGGGACGCUACACCUGUGUGGCCUCCAACUGUGUGGGUGGUGACCACACCUCUGCAGAAGUCUACAUCGAAGGAGCUUCAUCCUCAGACUCCGACGGAGAAGGAUCAGCGUCAAAGUCCAGACCAAGAAGCAUGACCCAGCUGCAGAAGAAAAGCACCUCCAUGUCCCUGACGAUCCGCUCGCCGUCGCCCCAGACGCCCGCGGUCCUGCCUCACCGCUCCACGCUGGUGCAGUCCCUGUCGCAGCCUCUCCAGCGGACACAGAGCCCCAUGUUGUCGUUGAGCGGCGUCCACCUGCCCGCGUUCACCAAAGUGUUGCAGGACGCCCAGGCGUCCGAGGGUCAAGUGGUGGUCCUGGAGUGCAGGGUCCGUGGAGGCCCCCCUCUGCAGGUCAGAUGGUUCCGCCAAAGUGAGGAGAUCCUGGACUCGCCAGAUUUCCGAAUACUCCAGAAAAAGCCUCGAUCUGCAGCGGAGCCAGAGGAGAUCUGCACCUUGGUGAUUGCAGAGGCCUUUCCAGAAGACGGAGGUGUGUUCUGCUGCACCGCCUCCAACCCGUAUGGUUCUGUUCAGACCAAAGCCCGGCUCACCGUCUCUGCAGGACCCAACAAGUCAUCCAGUAACGGUUUAUCUGGAGAUGGCUCCGAGUUUGAGGACGCAGCAGCCUUCCCUCCGCCGCCUCCGUCCACAGAAAUCAGCCUCUUGGAGCUCCCACCCAAGAUGUUUCCACAGCCCUCCACUGAGCCUUUUCACGUCCAGGAAGUGGAGCUGUGGCCUGCUGGUUCUGGUACACCUUUGGCUUCGCACAAGACUGGUUUCAUGUCGAAUGGACGACUCCCGAAGCAACCGUCUCCGCCUGCCGAGACCACACCUCCUCCGCCUGCAGAGACCACACCUACUCCACCUCCACCUUCUCCUCUACUCCAACUCCAAAGCUCACCUUCCACCCCUAAAAAUGUUUCUCCGGUACCUGGGAGAGAGGGCGGUCCUCUUCCGACGAAGCCCAAACCAAAGCUGAACGCAUCUCAGCUGAAGCAGCUUCAGGAGCAGAUUGUUCUGGAGCAGCAGGAAGCAGCCAUCUGGCAUCAGCAGCAGGAAGUCUGGCCCGGGCCACAGGAAGUCAUCCAAAGCCAUUCCCCGUCACCCCCUCUUCCCCCUCCUCCCUCCUUCCAAGAGCUGGAGAGCAGCACAGCCAUGCAGGCCAGCACCUUCAACUACGCCCGGCCCAAACAGUUCAUUGCCGCCCAGAGCCCCGCAGGGGGCGCCGGCGGCGGCGGAUUUUCCACCCAGUCCGCGGGCUCCUCCCCACUGUCCCCGCCCACCUCGCAUACACCCUUCAACAAGAUCUCCGUGCCAGCGUUCUCUAAGGCGGCCAGCGCAGAUGUGCCGAGCUCCCCUUCCUUCCCACCCCCGCCCCCACCCGACUUUGAUUCGGGCGACCCGUCGUCCCCAGUGGGCGGCGCCGAUGACUUGCCUCCUCCCCCGCCGCCUCCUCCCCUGCCCGUGUCCCCCGCUUUCUCUGACGUGUCCUCGCCAUUCUCCUCCGUGCCUCCAUCUCCUGCCUCCGGCUUCCUGUCCUCUCUGUUGCCGGCCACGCCCCCUGCGCCCCCUAUGCCCCCUACGCCCAGGGGCCCCGCAGUCAACGCGCUGGGCCUCCCCAAAGGCAACGGCACUGUCAAAGCCUUCCCCAAGAAGUCUCCCGCCUCCCACACGCCUCGGCUCACCUCCAACUUGGACAUCCAGGGCUCCAAGGACGCCGUCAUCCAGGACUUGGAGAGGAAGCUGCGCUUUAAGGAGGAGCGCAUGAGCAACGGGCAACAGAGGCUAACCUAUGAGGAGAAGAUGGCUCGCAGGCUGUUGGGAGUCGACAACGCUGCCACACUGUUGAAGGCCCAGGACGCCCAGGAGGAGCCUGUCACUCAGGAAUACAAAGUGUCCAGUUUCGAGCAGCGUCUCAUCAGCGAGAUCGAGUUCCGUCUGGAGCGUUCGCCGGUUGAAGAGUCAGACGACGAUGUUCAGCACGACUCGGCAGACCAGGUGGGGGAGAGUCCCACCUUCCAGCAGAAGCUGAAACACUACAAAGUCUUUGAGGGAAUGCCCGUCACCUUUACCUGCAAGAUUGAUGGAGAGCCCAAACCUAAGGUGUACUGGUUUAAAGACGGCAAGCAGAUCUCCAAGCGGAGUGAGCACUACCAGAUCAGCCGUGGCACCGAUGGCACGUGCGCGCUACACACCGCGGCGGCCUCACUGGAUGACGACGGCAAUUACACCGUCAUGGCGGGCAACCCGCAGGGCAGGGUGAGCUGUACGGGCAGGAUGAUGGUCCAAGCCGUGAACCAGCGAGGCCGCAGCCAGCGCUCCUCGCCGGGACAUAUGCGCAGGCCCAGGUCCAGGUCCAGAGACAGCGGCGACGAGAGCGAUAACAUCCAGGAGCGCCACUUCCGGCCGCACUUCCUGCAGGCGCCCGGCGACCUCAUCGUGCAGGAGGGCCGACUGUGUCGCAUGGACUGCAAGGUGAGCGGCUUGCCGACCCCUGACCUUGUGUGGAAGCUCAACGGACAGACCAUCCGCCCCGACUCCGCACACAAAAUGCUGGUGCGUGAAAAUGGCGUGCACUCGCUGGUCAUCGAACCUGUGACCAGUCGUGAUGCAGGCAUCUACACUUGCAUCGCCAGCAACCGCGCUGGACAAAACUCCUUCAACCUGGAGCUCAUCAUUGCAGCCAAAGAGAUGCAGAAAGUGCCAUCAUUUGUGGAGAAGCUGCAGAACACCAGUGUGGCGGAGGGCCACCCGGUGCGGCUGGAAUGUCGCGUCAUCGGCGUUCCUUCCCCGCAGAUCUUCUGGAAAAGGGAAAAUGAGUCACUCACUCACAACACAGACAGAAUAAGCAUGCACCAGGACAACUGUGGCUACUUGUGCAUGAUCAUCCAGCCCGCCACCAAAGAGGACGCCGGCUGGUACACGGUGUCAGCCAAAAAUGAGGCGGGAAUCGUGUCCAGCACCGCACGACUUGACGUGCACGCCCAGUGGCAGCAGCCCAACCUCCCCAAAGCAAAGAAGGUGCGCCCGGCCAGCAGCCGCUACGCCGCCCUGACCGAGAGAGGCCUGGAUGUGAAGGCGGCCUUCUUCCCUGACUGCAGCCCUCUGCCACCCGGGAGCCUGGUGGAGAGCGACGAGCUGUAGAGGAUUGACAGAAAGACCUUCCUGCUUUGAGUGGGUGGAAAGUGUAAGUGUUCAAGUCGCAGGACUGGAAGGCGAGUCUUAUCGGAGAGGCGGACAGCUGUACAGGAAGUGGGUUUUUUUUAAUCACGAGUGAGAUGUGUUGGCUUUUUGCAGGUUCUACAAUGAUGGACUUUGAGGAGUGCUUGGGGGUCACACACACACACACGCACACACACACACACACACACACGUACGUCAAGAAAUGUCCAUUUUCUGUGUUGAAUGAAAAGGCUAAGAAGCCCUAGCUGACAUUGAAAUAUCACCAGUCUGUAUCAAACUAUAUUCAGUCACUCUUUAGGCCUUUCAAACCACAAGAACACACUUUGGACUUGAGCUGGAUGAUUCUUUCCAAUCAUCUGACAGCUCCUGUGUGUUACCACGCCAACCCGGGCCUGUGUAUGGAUUGUUCUCCUUAUAUAGCGUUAUUAUUUUAGCUUGUGAAAAGUUCAAUAAAGAAUCUUCCCAAGA